UAUUGUGAAUGGUGUAAACAGAGAGGGCUGGGUGUGAGAGGAGAGGACACCUCCAGUCCUGCCGUCUUCGCUCGGAAAAAUCAAGCUAAAUCGUGACACAGAGAAGCUUCUCCGGAAGAAAAAGGACUCGGCCAACCCUGUUUUUUUUGGGGGGGUGUUUUUAUCGGGCUUAUUUUUUAUUUUAUUUAGGGUUGGGGUCACGGAGCUGCGAGGUUAUGAGCCGCCCGGAGCCGCGUCGGCGCGUCGCUGUCCAUGGUGCUGAGUGAGGCGAGACCACGUGAGUUGACAAGCUUGGGAGCAAUGGAGUUGCGGGUGGGAAACAAAUACCGGCUUGGGAGGAAGAUAGGGAGUGGAUCAUUUGGAGAUAUCUAUCUGGGUUCAAACAUCGCUACAGGAGACGAGGUCGCCAUCAAGCUGGAAUGUGUGAAGACCAAACACCCACAGCUCCACAUAGAGAGCAAGUUCUACAAAAUGAUGCAGGGUGGAGUGGGAAUCCCGUCCAUUAAGUGGUGUGGGGCGGAGGGUGACUAUAACGUUAUGGUGAUGGAGCUCCUUGGCCCCAGUCUGGAGGACCUGUUCAACUUCUGCUCUCGCAAGUUCAGCCUGAAAACAGUCCUCCUACUGGCAGACCAGAUGAUCAGCAGGAUUGAAUACAUCCACUCUAAGAACUUCAUCCACAGAGACGUGAAGCCUGACAACUUCCUGAUGGGGCUCGGGAAGAAGGGCAAUCUCGUCUACAUCAUCGACUUUGGCCUGGCCAAGAAAUACCGUGACGCCCGAACGCACCAGCACAUCCCAUACCGGGAGAACAAGAACCUCACCGGUACCGCCCGCUACGCCUCCAUCAACACCCAUCUGGGCAUCGAACAGUCGAGACGAGACGACCUGGAGUCUCUGGGCUACGUUCUCAUGUACUUCAACCUGGGUUCUCUGCCCUGGCAGGGCCUCAAAGCUGCCACCAAAAGGCAGAAGUAUGAACGUAUCAGCGAGAAGAAAAUGUCCACCCCCAUUGAGGGGCUCUGCAAGGGAUAUCCUUCCGAGUUCUCAACCUACCUGAACUUGUGUCGCUCCCUGCGGUUUGAUGACAAGCCAGACUACUCAUAUCUGAGGCAGCUCUUCAGGAACCUCUUCCACAGACAGGGCUUCUCCUACGACUACGUCUUCGACUGGAACAUGCUGAAGUUUGGGGCCGGCAGGACAGGAGAUGAUGGGGAGAGGGAGAGGAGGGAGGGGAAAGAAGGGGAGGAAAGGGGAGGAGGAGGCCAGAGAGGAGCCGGAGGACGAGGUCUGCCAUCCGGUCCCAACCCUUCUGCGGCCAACAGAGUGAGGAACGAGACGGAUGCUGCUCCCUCCAACCCGGCCACACGUGGGGUCCAGCAGCCAGGGAACCGCUCUCCUCAGGUGGGGAGAGCAGAGCGAGCUGAGCGGGAGAGGAAGGUGGCCAUGAGGCUUCACCGCGGGGCCCCCGCCAACAUCUCAUCCUCUGACCUCAAUGCACGCCUCGACCAAUCGCGCAUCAAUGCAUCUCAGGUCAGUGUGCCAUUUGAUCAUCUGGCAAAGUGAGUUUUUCCUCGGUAGUCUGCAGAUAAGUUGCAGCUGAAGGGCAUCAAGUAACCCAUACUUUUCUGAAAUGGAUGAAUGUACGCAUGAAUGAGUGAUGGAGAGUGAAGAAAAGAAGAAGGGGAAGAGGAAUAGGCAGCACUGCGUCUCCUGUGAUUGGGGAUCGGGGCGUCCGUGUGCCCAUCAGUUUGCGUCGACGUGAAGAAACUCCAGCCUGGAACUGCUUGGUACCACUUUUCAGGUUGCAGCUGGAGGGUGGGAGGUGGGUGGAGCAAUCCACGGGCAUCUUUUCCUCUCUUAUUCAACUCAUACAGCUCCACUUGCAAAAAAUAAAUAGAUACGUUUAAAAAAUAAUAGAGUGAGAUGGAAUAACAAUAUCAAAGUGCACAAAAAGGACUAUAUUUAAAUUACUCUGUGUAGUUAACGCAUUAUUAAUUACAGAAAUAUCAAUUUGCUGAUAUUAAAGGCCAAAUCUGCUGCUUAUGUAUUCUUUAUUAUAAUUAAACCCAUAAACAACCUGGGAAGGGAACACAAAACUAGAGCGUAUCCAAGCCUUUCGUAGACGAGACAGGAGAAUGCUGCAGUGUGAGCCAAGGAGAGGAUCAGAGGGACAGAUGGGAGUGAGGCCACUUUUUGUCCAUCAAAUCGUCUGUCUGUGCUGUUGUCUCCAGUGUUUGGUUUUGCCUUUAGCUUUGCUUUUAACGCUCUGAGGAAAGGAGUUACGGAAGAGGGAAAAGCGGUGAAUUGAAGGUUCCUGUUCUUCAGCACAUCCGUUGAUGUCGUACCCGUAGGUCAGACUGAAAACAUGCAAUGUGAAAGUGAAAAGGUUUGGAAGAGGGAUACUGCUGUGAGGUGGUGGCAGGAUAAAAGACGAAUGCUACGAUAUGACGACGCCUUAGCCCAGCUUGUAGUUCCAGGUAUGAAAAGACUUGAGAAGUUCAAAGACCUUGGAAGAGAACAAGUUUGGAGUUACAUUUCAAUGUUUCUGUUCAUAUCUUUUGCCUUUUUUUUCUUCCUCAUUUGUUCUUUUCCUCUGACAUGUAAAUGUGUAGAUACCUUUUUUUCCCAGAAUAUGACAGAUGGAUUAAAGAUGGGGCUGGAAAGAUACGUACAGUUUUGCCUCCUGACAUUCUUGGGACAUGAAACUGAACAACAAAAAUGUAUGAUAGAGCUUCAGAGUCUGACAACAGUGCAGGGUUUUGAUUCUGGCUGCAGCGGGAACAGAUGUCCUCGUUCAUAUGUUGAAAAGUUCUGACAAAGAAGAAUUGAUGCUUUUACCCAAGUCUGUCAGGAUGGAUGGAUAUCGUUGACUGAAUGGAGAUGACUGGUGUCCUGUACAUUUCUUUACCAUGCUUCAACUUUAUUACUAUAUUUGUGUAUAUUUUCGGAUUCAAUAAAA